AUGAUCUUAAACAGAGCUCUGAUUCUGGGGACACUCGCUCUAACUACCAUCAUGAGCAUGUGUAGAAGUGAAGACAUUGUGGCUGAUCACAUUGCUUCCUAUGGCACAACUGUCUACCAGUCAUAUGGUUCCAGAGGUCAGUACACUCAUGACUUUGAUGGAGACGAGAAGUUUUAUGUGGACCUGGAGAAAAAGCAGACCAUAUGGAAGCUGCCUAUGUUCAGCAAAUUUACAAGUUUUGACCCACAGGGUGCUCUUAGAAACAUUGCUGCAGGGAGACACAAUUUGGAAGUCUUAACAAAACGCUCUAACUCUACUGCUGCUGUAAAUGAGAUUCCUGAGGUGACUGUGUUUCCCAAGUCUUCUGUGGUGCUGGGUCAGCCCAAUGUCCUCAUUUGUCUUGUGGAUAACAUCUUUCCUCCCGUGAUCAAUAUCACAUGGUUGAGGAACAGAAAAGUAGUCACAGAAGGUGUCUCUGAGACCAACUUCCUUCCCAAAAGUGAUCAUUCAUUCGUAAAGAUGGGUUAUCUGACUUUUGUCCCUUCUGCUGAUGAUAUUUACGACUGUGAGGUGGAACACUGGGGUCUGGAAGAGCCAUUUCUAAAGCACUGGGAACCUGAGAUUCCAGCCCCUGUGUCAGAGCUAACGGAGACUGUGGUCUGUGCCUUGGGGUUGGCUAUAGGCCUCAUAGGCAUUGUGGUGGGCACCAUCUUCAUCAUUAGAGGCCUGCGUUCAGGCAGUGCCCCGAGACAUGAAGGGGCCUUGUGA